AAACUAGGGCAGCUCCACAGACUCAAUAACCUAAGAAUUAUGAGUAGGACAGCCCCUUCCUGAGAUCCCCCCAGUACUAACCAACACAGGAAGUACAGAACAGAACUCGCACCGACUGGCUGUGCUCCUAGCAGCAGCUCCGAGGGAUUCCCUCAGUCACACAGCAUGCCCCGGAGCCCUCCGCCCCCGCACAGUUCCUCACAGCACCGGAAGGAUGGCUGAGUCCGGGACAAGCGCAGGGAUGGAGGCAGCAGCCCGGGACUCCUGUCCUGCAGAUGUUGGAGAUCCAGAGAAACAUGGAACAGAGAACAAUUGCCAUGUCCCAUCAGGCAUCAGUGUAUUAGACAGGCUCAUUAAAACAUGUCCUGUGUGGCUGCAGCUGUGCAUGAAUCCAGAGCAGGCUGUGGAUAUUCUAAAAAAGGAAGGGCCAGGGGUAUUUUUAAUUACAAGAGAUGUGGAGCGGAAGUGUAUGGUUCUCUGGGUACAUGUCACUUCUAACAAAGAACAAGCCGAUGUUCUGCGCUAUAACAUCAAGGAGGAAAAAACAAUGAUGUACCUGGAAAGUUCUGUACUGGUGUUUGAAGAUAUCUUUAAACUUGUAGCAUUUUAUUGUGUAAGUAGAGAUGUGCUGCCCUUUCCUCUAAAACUUCCACAAGCAAUUGCUGCGGCUCAGACUUACAAAGAGCUUGAGACCUUUUCCAACCUUGGAACAGGUUUCUGGGACUCUGCUUUUACAGAUGGAAACAAACUGGCUGCUGCAAAGCAACACAGAUGCACCAGCAAUGGGGACUUUCAAACUUGCAGUGUUAGGUCCAGCCAUCAUAUACAAAAUGAAGCCAACAACUGUACGUGUGAAAUUGAGAUUUCUGUAGGAAGUGGCCGGCUGUGGUUUGUCAGCCCUAUUUUUAUUGAAGAAUGUAGCAAUGUACUGGCUGCUGAGAAGCUUCCUCUUUUAAACUGUGUUGCAAAUUCAGAGAUUAAGACUCACAAAAUUGUUUACAGACGACCUCCCCCACCACCACCACCACCACCACCAGCUUUAAAAAACCCACCUCUGCCCUCAGUUCCUCCCUCUGGUCCUCCACCUAAUUAUAAACGUUCCCAUUCCUAUACAUCUCCACAAAAAUCCCCUCGGCCCCCCUCUUUUUCCGUUGCUCCACCUUUAUCUUGCUUACUUCAUUCCUCUUCUAACCAACCAAUGACACCAUCUCUUUCUUUAACAUCACAUGCUCCUUGUGUUCCUCAGAACCCUCCCUCCUCAAACACACCAAUUGUUUCACAAACUCCUCCUCUUUCCCAAAUGUCUCAAAACUUAAGCCAGUUAAAAGAUUUGCCCAAUACAUCAACGGAUAUUUGCGUGGAAGUACAACCUCUUGCUCAGUCUUGUGAGGAAAUGAAAAUUAACAGCACAGAAGAUAAAAAAGACAGUGUAGAAUAUGCUAUUUGUUCCUCUGGAGAGCAGAACCAAAAAUCUGCAAUGUCUGCACCAGUUGUUCCUAAAAGACGUCAGUCAGGAAAGAUUUCAGAAAACAAAGGGAAUAGUGUGAGAAAGAAGGAGCUACUUCAGCAAACAGAAAGGCAAAGUACUCAAAGUGUUAAGUCUGUAUCAAAAGACCAAGCAGAAACUCACCUGAACCAUGAAACCAUCAUGUUGAUUAAGAAGGAUAUUGAAACUCUAGAACAGCAAUGCAUUUCACAGGGGAAAAGAAAUAAAACACCUCCUGUGCCACCUCCAAGAACAAAGAAGUUUUCUCACAGGGUUGCCCCUGCUCUACCUGGUCAAAACAGUCAUUCUCCAGUUAAAGAACUCCGUUCUCGGACACAAUCAAGUGAUUAUAAAGCAAAAUGUAGUGAUGUAAAGCAAAAUGGCAGAACAUCCCAAUCAGACUGUUCCAAAUAUAAGGAUUUUGCUAAAAAUAAAGAGCCUUGCACUCGGUUGCCAACCAAAGAACUCAAGAGCUUGGAUACAAGUCUGAGCUCCCCAGCAAGUGGCUUAACUAUUCCAGUAACCAGUCCAGAACAGGAUUCUUUGUCCACAAGCAGUGCUGAGGAGGACCACGACCAUGAAAAAGUAUCCAGCCCUUCCAUUAGAAAGACCCAUUCGUUUAUGUUAGAUAGAGCCAAAAACCGGUUGUCGAUUGUAACAAUCACCAAUGUCUUUAGUGCUUUCAUGUCUGCUGAAAGAAAGUUGCAAAAAAAGAUCACUGAACUGGCUCAGGAUAAAGAAACCUAUUUUGGCAAUCUAGUCCAGGACUAUAAAGCCUACAGCCUGGAUAUGAUGGCCAAACAGAGUUCAAGCACAGAAAUGCUUCAGGAGAUCCGUCUAAUGAUGACCCAGCUAAAAAGUUACUUGGUACAGAGUGCAGAGCUGAAAACCAUGAUUGAAUCUACUACUGUCUACACAGAUGACCGAAUAGAAGCCAUUGUUGAAGCUGCCCUCUGUAAAUGUGUGCUGAAGCCUCUGAAGUCCCCCAUUGAGGGAUACCUGCGAGAAAUCCACACUAAGGAUGGCUCACUUAGGCUACUAAAAGAGAACCAGAUAGUUAUUCAGGAUAUCACAACCACUGACCUGGGAGUAACCACCAGUGUGCCUGAAAUCAGUGUGAUGGAAAAGAUCACCCAGAAGUUCUCAGUCAUGCACAAAACCUAUUCUCCAGAGAAGAAAGUAUCUUAUCUGCUAAAGGCUUGUAAAAUGAUUUAUGAUUCAAUGGCUACUGGAAGCCCAGGGAAGCUACAUGGUGCAGAUGACUUCCUCCCUGUUCUUAUGUACGUGCUAGCUCGAUGUGACCUUACUGAGCUACUGCAGGAUGUGGAGUACAUGAUGGAGCUAAUGGACCCAGCUUUACAGUUAGGAGAAGGUUCCUAUUAUCUGACAACAACAUAUGGUGCUCUGGAGCACAUAAAGAACUAUGAUAAGAUCACAGUGACUCGACAGCUGAGUGUGGAGGUGCAGGACUCCAUUCAUCGUUGGGAAAGGAGGAGGACUCUCAACAAGGCUAGAGUGUCUCGUUCAUCUAUACAGGAUUUCAUCACUAUCUCCUUUGAAGAGCUGGACUCCAAAAGCAGGACUUUGGUUAUUAAGCCAGACACAAAUGUAGAGCUGCUGUUGCAAGAUUGUGCUGAAAAGUUCCAAGUGCUGGAGCCGCAGAAUUAUGGACUGUAUGUGCAAGUGAAUGAGCGCAGCUUGCGGUUGGCUGAUGAUGCCCUGCCCCACCACAUCAAAUCCAACUUGCUCAAAAGUGAACAAAAGCUGGACUUCCAUUUUCUGUACAAACUGACCAGCUCCGAAGAUAAUGUGGUAAAAGAACUGGAUUUCCUUUAGCUCAUGUAUUCGGGUGAAAGUUUGGAUAAGCUAAGCACCUAUUACAUCAAGCUGCUGCACCCUGAUUCAGCUUUAGGGCCAGUGCUCCUUAUAAUGGCUUUAUGUUGUAAACACUGCCGGGAUAUUGCAGACAUGUAUAUAAUAAUGGUGUGGAUAACAAAGCAAGCUGGCUUGCUUUAACUAUUCUACAAAUAUGCCAUACACUGUGCACCUGGGGAAUUUCCUGCUACACAUUUCUGAGUAUAACUUGCAGUAUGUGAACCCCUGAUAAUUUGCACCACUCAGCAGUGAAUUCUUUCCUUCUCUUUAAUAACAACCUGGAGCAUAUUUGUAUAUGUAUAAAUUGGGACAGUAAGUUUUGCUGUUUUUUUUUGCCUGGUUGAAAGGAGACGCUUAGUAUUACAUUCUUUAAUUAAACUGUAAUCUGCAAUACAAUUCUUUCAUGGUAGGCUGUGCAAAAUGCAUGCUGGUUGUAGCCAGUAAUAUAUGUGUAUAUUUUUUUUUAUUGUCCAGUAUAAUGUCUUUUAUAUGCCAAAAGCAUAGCUUCUGAAACUCUGUAUAAUUUCAUAGCUUAAUAUUUUAUCAGUACUCUAAAAUUAAUGUGUAUGUUUGCGAAGACACUUAUUAAAGAGACAGUAUAUACCCCUUUUCAAUGAGAGCUCAAUGACUAGAUCUUAUGCUGAACAUAUAUUUUGCCUAUGUUUUUAAUUAAGAAAUAUUUGUGGUUUCUGUUAUUUCUGGCAAUACACAAGAAUAUGAAGCCAGUUUCACUUUAGGAGUUCAAACAAGGAGUUGAAAAAAAAAAAGAAAAAGAAAAAAAAAAUACCUGUCCAGCGAGAAGCCCCUGAUAAUGAGCUGCUUAAAGGCAGCUGCUUAGAAAGGGGAGGGAUUUGUCUGUUCAAAGGUAGAUAGGGAGUUCUGAACAAAUUGCCAUAUUUAUAAAGGAAGGAAGGGGAAGUAAAAAUAGCCCAACUUUUAAAUAAGUAAUUUAUAAUGCCAAAAAAAUUGGAAGAUGAGGAUUUUUUAAAUUAAAACUAUAGGCAGAAUGUAAUUUUAACACAAGAUUUCUUUAUUGUGUUUAAUUUUUAGCAAAGGUGUUUUUGGGUAUAUGCAGUCGCUUUAACCUACCAAGCUAUAAAGUAGGAAAAGUAACCAGUAAAGGUUCUUGCCGGCUGUAUAACAUCCACAUAAUACUCGUCUCAAUCAGAUGGUCACACCAAAGUGAUAUCAAAAGGGAAUUUAUCAUGGUAUUUUUAUUCUGAAGCUUUUGAAAUGUUAUUGGAAACAAAAUAUAGCUUGGAAGAACAGUACAGGUAUGGGACCUGUUAUCCAGAAUGCUUGGGACCUGGGGUUUUCCGAAUAAGGGAUCUCUUCGUAAUUUGGAUCUCUAUAACUUAAGUCUGCUAAAAAUUAUUUAUUGAAUAAACCCAACAGGAUUGUUUUGCCUCCAAUAAGGAUUAAUUAUAUCUUAGUUGGGAUCAAGUACAAGGUACUGUUUUUAAUUACAGAGAAAAAGGAAAUCAUUUUUAAAAAUUAGAAUUAUUUGCUUAUAAUGGAGUCUAUGGGAGAUGGCCUUUCCUUAAUUUGGAACUUUCUGGAUAAUGGGUUUCCAGAUAAGGGAUCCAAUACCUGUAUUGCUCUGGGAAGUAUUGUCUGCCUUCCGUUUCUUAUUUUUUUAGGGUCACAGUUCUGAGCAUCUUGUGAUCUGUGUGAGCUUAGAAUUAAGUUAAAGGUGGAAGCUGGCCUAUCCGUAACAAAUACUCAUAGCAGGCAAUAACCAUACCACUGAGAGCAUUAUAAUUAUUAUAUGCACAGGGCCAGUUGUCAAAUGAGAUGGAACAGCAAGCUGUAUGUGUGAAACAUAUCUUUAUGCUCAACAAUAUGCACACACACAUCUCUCUGUAUGCCAUGGCGUGGCUACAUUGUGUAUUUGUAAUAUUGUGUUUAACAGUUAUGCUCCAUGGCCCCCAGCCAGACUGGUACUUUGUGAUUAAACGUUCUACACACUGUGCAAAUCAUGGCUACCCCAAUAAGCAAAGAGAGCUAGCAAGAACAGAGCAGUGCGGCUGAGAUGUUGGUUAUGUGCCAAAAAAAUGAACAGGAUUUAUUUGAUUUUUUUUAAGUUCUUUUAUAUAUAACUAACCUGUACAUGUAACUGGUUACAAGGUAACACCCAAAAAUAAAAAGUUUCUAUAUAAGAUCUAUAC